AUGCGCCUACUGCUUCUACUGUUCAUAUUACUGAAUGUUUGGCGAGUAAAACCCUGGCCGUUUUGUCCUUGUCACGAUGUUCACGCUCGAUGUGUCAAUAACGUUUGUCAGUGUGUUAAUGGGUAUUGGAAGGAUCCUCAAACUGGCAAAUGUCUCAAAUCGACCGGUGCUCUACAACUUGGUCGACCAUGUAAACUGACCAGAGAUUGUAGCCAUAUACAACAAGUUUGUGUCAAUGGAGAGUGUAAAUGUGCUCCCAACUUUGUUCAGGUCAACGGCAAGUGUCGGCAGGGUAAGUUUUUUGGUUUUUUUGUAGGGAGGGAAGGUAAAAAUAUUGAACGGGUGGUGGUUUUUGUAUUAUUGGUUAGGGCGGGAUAAUUUUGGGAUUUUGGAUAGGGCGGGGUAAUGUUGAGUUUUUUAGUAUAGGGCUUUGAAUUAUAUGUCAGGUUUUUUAAUAUGGCGUGGUAAUAUUGGGUUUUUUUUGAUAGGGCAUGGUAAAAUUGGGGUUUUUGAUACGGCACGGUAAAUAAAUCAUGUUUUUAAUAUGGCAUGGUAAUAUUUGAUUUGUUGAAUAGGGAAUGGUAAAUCAAGUUUUUCAUAGAGAGGGCAUCUCACUUUUGUUACUUUUUAAUGGCGGCAUGGCAUAACAUUCAUUUUUUUUUUGUUAGGCAGGGUAUAGAUCAGAAAAGAUCCCGUAUUUUACAAACUUCAAACGUAUGUUUUAGUGCUUCAACUAGGGGAUCAAGGAUGUACGGAGAACCUAGAAUGUGCUAAAGGUCGAGCUGAUUUAAUGUGCCAAGAUUCGGAAUGCAGAUGUGCUGUUGGGUAUCAGCAAGUUGGCAAUCGAUGUGUUUUGCGUGGGUUUUUUAAAUCUUAUUGAUUUUUUAAAAUAAAAUCUGACUUUUUAACUAUUUUAAAAGCUUCUGUUCACUGAAGUAUUGUCUAACUAUUAACCCUUUGAACUAUGACGACACUUUUCUUUAUUUUCAUGAUGUUACACAUCAGCUGGUUGCUAUAAAACAAAACAAUACAUAUUUAUCAACAUAAGUUUGUUUUUAUGGUACUUGAAGGUCAUUUAUCAAUAAAAAACAUGCUGGAACUUUAAAAAACAUGUUUAAAACUUGAAAAAGUACAUUUGGGCUUUUAAUUUUUUUUUUGAAAUUUUUGGGGCUAUAUUUAAAAAUGACAUUACUUUCUUCUAGCCUUGGUUUAUCUUUACUUUAUCUCUGCUACGGGUUUAUCUUUUUCUACUUGUCUUGCUCUACUCUAACUUAACCUACCCUUGCUUUUUCUUCCUUACUCUACCUUACACUACCCAAUCCUACUCUAUCCUAUCCAAUAGGAUAGAGAAUUUAGUCUGUCCUACUCAAUAGAAUAGGUUAGGAUUGGCUAUUCUUAUUACCUACCAAAGCCACACGGCAUAUGCGUUCGCCUAAAACUUUUGAUGCAUGAGUCACGUCCUCCACUUUGUCUAGAAUUAUCUGUUUGAUGGAUUGACUUCUCCAAACACCUGCGGCCCAAAAAAUGCGAAAAAAUGAAAAGGAAUUGUCUUUUUUUCAUAAUUCGAUGAGGCCGUUUCAAUGCCUCUCAAAUUCAUAUUCAGAUAUUGUACUAGAUCAUUAUUAUGUACCAUAGUACUAUUCUGUACCGUACUAUUGUUUUGUUCUGUAGGAGCCUUUGCUGAUGUUCGAAAUGGCAUUUUGGUCGAAAAUUAUGGUGCGAAAAACGUGGGAUUACAUGGCCUUGGUUGGACUAAGUUAGAAAGUUAUGAACUGGCUAAUACACAAAGUUAUGGAUCAGCCAUAGGUGAUAGGCGAGAUUAUGGACAAACGAAAAAAUUUGGAAAAAAUGGAAAAAGUUAUGGGCUUGAGAAGGUGGACGUGGCUUCAUUUCAUCGACUGAAGGAUGGAACUAAGAAGGAGCAGUUUAAGCAGCUGAUCCAGCUGAAUGAUGCCGUUUCUGCUGCUGUCAUGGGCAUUCCUCCAGGUAGGGUUUGGGCUAUAUUUUGAAAAAAAAGUUUUUUUUAUUUUAAAAAUUUUUUAAUUAAGAAUAUAUUGAUUUUUAAGCUUAAAAUAGUAUUUUAUGUGGUUUCUGCUCAAAUAGAAAGUGUGAAGGACGUAUUUUACAAUCUUACUAAGCUACUAGAUACUAAUAUUUUUAAAAAUUAAAAAAAAAUUCUAAAAUUUUUUUUUAAUUUUAAAAAUUUUAAAUAUUCUUAAACUUUUAGACAAUGUCUGCUCAGCCGACACAGCCUGUGCCGGCUACCCUUUGGCUUAUUGUGAUGGAGUGUGUAAGUGUAGAGAAGGCGCGUUGAAUGCUGGCAGCGCUUGCAUUCCGAAUCAAGAUGAGCCCACAGUGGCGAGCUGUCCAGCUGAUCAAACUUAUGUCGCUGAAGUCGGAACUUGUCUUGCUGGUGGGUUUUGACUUGAAUUUUUAUUAAAAUUAGGGUUUGAACUUAUUUUGUGUUGUUUUACAAGGCCUUGGGGAAGGAAAAGAGAAAAAUCGACCGUCGGGCGAGUAGGGACGGACCUAUUUUAUGUUAAAGAACAUAAAAAGUUAUGCUAUAAAUAAGUGUUUUUAGAGUCUACAGGGCCAUUAUUACUUUAAAACUGACUUUAUUUUAAAUUUUUUUUAGUUUUUUAAAUUUUACAAAAUUUUAGAAGCCACCCCCGGCAGCCCCUGCCAAUACUCUCAACAAUGUGGAGCCUCGGAACCUGGUGCAUUUUGUCAGAACUUGCAGUGUCGUUGCAUUUAUGGCAUGAUGACGGCUGAAAACAGCAAUGCAUGCACUUUUGUGGACAGAAAUUGCACUAGGAAGAAUCAAAUUUGGGUCAGCGAGUUGGGACAGUGCAAAGAAGGUAGUUUAUGCGUAUUUUACAAAAAAAAAUUAAAAAUUUUUUUAAUUUUUUUUAGGUAUCUAUCUUAAUUUUAUCUUUGAAGACGCAGUUUUAUGUUAAAAUUUUAAAGUGAGGACGGAAUGUCAAAAAUCAAUAGCUGAGACGAAGUGUCAAAAAAUGAAAAAAUUUUCAAAAAUUAAAAAAAAUUUUGAAGUUCUUGUCUUAAUGCGGCAAUUUAUUUAUUUUUUUUUGUAAAAUACCUCUUCUUUUUUCUUUUGUUCUUUAUUAUCCAUGACAUUUUCAGUUAUACUCCCCGGAUCUGGGCCAUGUACUCAUUCUAUGCAAUGUAAUGUUGUCGUACCUGGAGCUAGAUGUUUAAUGGGCAAAUGUGUAUGUCCAACUUCAUUACCAGUCGCUGUUGAUGGUACUUGUGGUACUAAUUGCUCGGCCGAUCAAGUGUUCUCGUCUAUUGCUGGAAGUUGCUUGCCUAGUAAGUUUGGAUAUGUUGUUAUGAUUUUAAAGCUUUUUUUGUGAUUUUUGAUUUAGCUAUUGUGGUGUAACUUGUGGGAUGCAGCGUAUUUUACCAAGAAAGUUAUAAUAUGUUUGUCUUGACGUCAAUACCUACAUCAAUAUAUUGGUAUACUCAUAAACCCUAUCUAAAACGCUAUUUUCAGCUGUUCAACCAGGCGAUUCUUGUCUCUAUUCAAUCCAAUGUCACGCCGUGCAUCCUGGAAUGUUGUGUGACAAAGGCAAGUGUAGAUGUCCGCAUGAUCAGGUAUACUCCGGCCAAAGGUGUAUGAGUAGAUGUCCACGAGGAUUCAUGAGGAAUCCAGCUGGAAUCUGCCAACCUGGCUGUCGUGCUAAUCAAAUCGAGAACGCUGGAACGUGUGUGGAUGUUGUGGCUCCUGGUCAGAGUUGUUUAGUGAAUCGACAAUGUACUGGAGGGUCGCAAUGUGUGGAUUCGUUGUGUACUUGCCCUCAACAUAUGAAGGCGUUGAAUGGGAUUUGUACUUUAUGUGAGUUGGGGUUGGAAUUUGAGGUUUAAAAGGCUUGUUUAAUUUUGUUAUUUAAAAAAUAUACCAACUAGGUUGUUCAACUAAUUCUGUGCUUUUUUUCAAGGAAAAUUUUUGGAUUUAAGGGGCUCAGAAUUAUUUGAACUACCAUAUAUAUAAACUUCAAAACCGUUCUAAGUGAAACUGAUUUAAAAAUAAAUUUCAGUACGAUCAGCACCACUUCAAAACUGCACGAUAGAUGAACAAUGUAGCGGUGGAUCACAUUGUGUCAAUUCAAUUUGCACUUGUCCUCAAGGAACAUCGGUUAUGAAUGGGCAAUGUGUUACUCCUAUGACUGGUAAGAUCAUUAUUUUACUUAAAAAUAUUAAAUAGUAUUUUAACAAAAAAAAAUUUAUUUCAUAAAAAUUUUUUUGAAUUUUUAAUUAAAAUUUAAGGUUUUAACCCGUUUUUGGUUAAAAACAAUUUUUUAUACAAUUUAUUAUAAUAAUCUUGUUUUAGUACCCCCAGGAUCAGGCUGUAACCGAGCGGUUCGCUGUAGUGGCGGUUCUGUAUGUCAAGAUAAUGUUUGUACAUGCACAUCACCUCUACAAGCUAUUAAUGGGUCUUGUCAAUAUCCUCCACCUGGUAAACUUUCUUUUUUGCAUUUUGUAAUUACAUUAUAUAAGCUUUUAUUAAUAUUUGUUGCCUAAAAAAGUAGUAUUUGUAACCUAAAGUCCUGUAAGACAGAAAUAACGGCAAGAUUUGUUAACUAAGGUACUGUCAGACAGAAGUCAUACUAUGUUGGUUACUUAAAGUAUUAGGUUGCUCAAAUAAUUCUGUGCCUUUAAAGCAAAUUUUGAGGUUAGGGGCACACAAUUAUUUGAACGGCUUAAUACUGUAUAAUUUGUUACCUAAAAUACUAAAAAAAAUUUUGAAAAAUCAUGUCUGAAAACCCCCAUUUCAGUACCCCCAGGCGGAUCGUGUCCAAGCGGCCGAGAGAGAUGCACAGGCGGCUCAAUCUGUCAACAAGGCACUUGUACCUGCCCAUUAGGAACUGUAGUCGAAGGAAAUGAAUGUAAAGUGGUCGAACGAGCUCGACCAGGUCAACCAUGUUCUGCUGCCAGACUAUGCCAAGGCCAUUCGUACUGUGUUCGUGGAGUCUGUACUUGUAUAUCAGACUUUAUCCAAAUUGGUCAAGACUGUGUACGACCGAAUACUGUAAUGGCCGGAAGUUCGUGUGCUAAUGGAGAAGCUUGUGGUAUUAAUGCGCAUUGCAAUCAGUAUAAGGUGUGUGUUGGUACUGUUUAGUACUAAAUUUUAAAAAUUGUGGUUUUUGAGUUUUUAGUACUAUGUAAUACUAAAAGAAGCAAAAAAUUGUUAUUUUAUAAUUCUGAUACUAUUUAGCACCAUACUAUUUUUUUGAGUUUUUAGCACCGGAGGUUAAAAAUUUUAGUUUUUGAUACUAUUUAGUAUUAUAAAGAUAAAAAUAUAGUAUUUUUUAAGUUUAGUGCUACUAGUACUAUAUAGUACUAUACUAAAACUUAUUAAAUUAUGUGGCUUUAGAUGCUAUAGCAUCAAUCUGUUACCUAAAAUUAUAUUUUCUUCUAAAAAAUUUUAAAUUGCAGACCAAUAUUGACCAAACCAAGUCUAAAACAAUAUAAUUUUAGAUAUGUGAAUGUAUCAGUCCAACGGUGAAUGUAAACGGAAUUUGUCGCAAUUCAAUGACAGCCGCUCCUGGCGAUCCAUGUGAGAAUAAUGAAGUUUGCAUGGGCGGUUCGAAUUGUCAAAGCGGCCGAUGCGUCUGCCCGCCGGGCAUGGCAAAUCAAGGAGGGGUCUGUCGGGAUCUUACUGGUUAGUAUUUGAAGGUUUUGGUUUUUAAGUACUAAAAAUAGGGUUUUUUAUACCUAAACUACGGGUUUUGGACUAGUUUCAAUACUCAAAACAAGCUCUCCACACUAACGUUCACCUUCCAGGUACUCUCGGUCCAUGCACGGACUCUCGUCAAUGUGUGGGCGGUUCAUUUUGUGAUCAAUCUCGUAAUGUUUGUGUCUGCGCGGUGGGUCAAAUGCCCGUAGGCGGUGUUUGUGUUGAAGUGUUCCGAAGAUACAAAAGAGCUGGACAUCAAUGCCUGAGGGAUGGAGAUUGUCAUGGAUUGUGCUCGAGACCUAGAUGUAGAUGUCAACGACAAGCAGGCGCCAUGUAUGGAUAUUGUACUAGAGAACCGAAUAGCUAUGGUACUAGACAUGCACUGGAUAAUGCUCCUAGGGGUAAGGAGGCUGUUUUUGGUGGGGGCGAGGGUGCGGGUUCUGAAGAAGGAUGGGGAAAAUAUGGGUUUUGGGGUUUGCGGAAGGGUAAGGAAGAGAUGUGUUUUGGGGGUAUGGUAGGGGGUUUUGCUGAGGGGUACAGUAAAGGAGUGUUCUUUUUUGAGGGAGGUGUAGGAAACAAAUAUAGGGUUGGGGUUGGCUGUAAAUUGUGUUUAGGGGUAGAUAAAGGGCUUGAAAUGUAUUUUUUGGGUAAUAAAAUCACUAAAACAUACUUUUAUUGCUUUUUUUGUUUUUUCUUUGAGUUUUUCUUAAGAACUUUAAAAUUUUUAAAUUUGUUGUUUUCUUAUGUUGAAGAAAAUUGGAUUUAUUACCUAUUUUUCUGUUUUUUUUUGUUUUUAUUUUAAAAUUUUGAUUUUUUUAAUUUUUUGUGUCAAGGAAACUUGGUUUAUUACCUACUUUAAUAUACUUAUUUGAUUUUUAUUUUAAAAUUUAAUGAUUUUCUUUUUCAAAAAACUUAUUUUUAGUUGUUUUUUUUUAAAUUUCAUUAUUUAUUCAACUAAACUUCUCCCACUAUCUCUAUUCUUUCUAGUAGCGUUGGUAGGUGUAGGACCAGGCUCUCGUUGUGGUUUACCUGGCUUAACCUGUGUUAAUGGAUCAUCUUGUAUGCAAAACAUUUGCCUAUGCCCUCAGGGAUCAAUUGCAUUGAGUGGAGCUUGUCUUCAGAGAGGCAAUGGUAGGGGUUUUAAUUUUUUAUAAAGCGAUUAUAUCAUCGUAUUUUACAUUGGAAAAAAUGAUUUUAAAAUUUUUUAUUUUUUGGUUGUUCAAAUAAUUCUGUGCCUUCUAUACUCGAAAAAUUGCUUUUAUAGGGGGCGCAGAAUAUUUUGAAAAAUCUAAUUUUUUUUGGAUUUAAGAGUUAAGGGUCUGAAAAGUUUUGUCGUUUUUUAUUGUUAACAUACAUGUAGAUUGACGACAAGACUUUUUUGACACAUAAAGAAUAAAAAAAUGCUCUACACGGUAAUGACUGGACUUAAAAGCAAUAAACUUUAUAAUUCCAGCUCUACCCGGUGAAUCCUGCGCGAACGGCGAAGAGUGCAGCCAAGGAACCUUCUGCGACGCUCACAAUUGGCAGUGCAAAUGCAUAAGCGAGGAGAUGAUUGCGAUCGGAAAACAAUGUGUACCACGCCUAAGGUCACCUCCAGGCUUUCCAUGUGAUAAUGGAGAAAUAUGCACAGCCAAUUCUAUCUGCGAAUUAUCGACCGGUAAAUGUGUUUGCCCAUUGGAGCUGGUCAUGAGGGAUAAACAGUGCAUUGAAAGACCUCAUGUUGGACCCGGAGCUCGAUGUGACAGAGGAGAAAUCUGCAGCAAAGGAUCUGUGUGUAGCCCGAGUAAUGAAGUAUGUGUGUGUCCGGCUACACAUGUGCAUGUUCAUGAGGUAAGGGGAGAUUUUUUUGGCUAUGGCAACUAGGGGAGUUUGUGCGACAAAUUGUGAGGGGGGGGGGUUAAUUUAGUUCCACCACUUCUCCUCUCUUUCAAUAACUUUGGGUAUAAAUUUUCUAAAAGUUCUAAUAUUCAGGAAUGCCGAGUUAUAACCUACGUCAAAUACGGCGAAUAUUGUGGAGGUCUGGAAAGAAAAUGCGUUGGCGGAUCUGUGUGUCAAAGUGGGCAUUGUGCUUGUGCACCAGGAACUAAAUACAAACAUGGCGUUUGUAUUAUGAUACCGAAACGUCAGCCAGGCCAAUUCUGUGAAGUCGGCGACGUAUGCUUGGGCGGAUCGAUCUGUCAAAGAGAUCGAUGCUCUUGUCCUGAAGGCAAAUUGUUUAGGGCUAAAGUUUGUGUCAGUCCUGCGGUUGGUAAGCUGGGUUUUGAAGAUAUCAUUACUAGUGGGGCGUCAUUCUUUUUGCAUCAAAAAAAAUUGGAAAACGAGUAAAGACCACGGUGAAAUACAUGUAUAUAAAAUGUGAGACGAACCAACGGUACACUAUUUUCAGUUCGAGUAGGCGAUCCAUGUGAACUGGGUGACACUUGUCUCGGCGGAUCAGAAUGUUCGAAUGGAGUAUGCGAAUGUUCGUACGGACAUACCUUAUCAAAUGGAAAUUGUUUGACUAUUCAAACAGGUCAAUUUCUUCUUCUAUCUUUUAGUUUUUGAAGAUUUUUAGUUUGGUUUGCAGUGGAGUGUUACUUCUUUUGAACACAGUAUGUAGUGUAAAAUACGAGUAUUGCUCCUUUAUGUUAGGUUUUGAUUCUUAAAUGGUUUAGAUUUUGGGAAUUAUUGCUUAAAAAUUUUUAAAAAAUGUACGAAUUUUUAAAAAAUAAGGGGUUCAGUAAAGUUACUGUAACUUUUUCAUAUUGAUAAAUUAAGAAAAAGUGUUUUGGUAUUAGUUGCGCAAGAGAACUGUCUACAGUUACCUAAAUUUUUACGUUAUUAGCUGCUUUUUGAAAAAAGUUACAGUAUCUUGAAAAGCUGGGUUUUUUCUACUAGUAAUUACUACAUAAUAUGUAUUGAAUUAUUCUAAAAUUUUACUUUAUGGGUUAGAAUAACUUUUGUAGAGCUAUAACACACUAAAACAAUGAUUUUAAACCUAAAAAUAAAAUCAAAUUUAAAAAAAAAAGUUAAUUUAAAAAUUUUCAGUAUCAGUUUUUUCGCACUGUGACUCCGCCCACUUAUGUGCCAAAGGCACAGUUUGUGUUAAAAAUCGCUGUGAAUGUGAAAAAGGCCUAGAAUACCGUGAAGGCUCGUGUAAACCAAAGCUGUUCGUCUCUCAUGGAGAACAAUGUACUCGAACUCAAACUUGUCCUACUAAUGAAUACUGUAGUCCGAAAGGGUUCUGUGAAUGUAUCAGUGAUUAUGUUUUCACUGGAGGGAGGUGUGUUCGACGGCCGAAGAAAGGUUAGUUUUUUAAAUUUUGGGACAAUUAUUGAUUUGAAGCGUAUUUUACCAAAAAAAUUUAUUGAGAAAAAAUAAAUUUGGAAAUAAGUUGCUAAAAUAGGACUUUUUCACAAACUUUAAGCUUUUUAUCUCUUUUGUUCUACUAAAAAUUGUUUGUCAGAUGAAAUAUGGCUUUCAUAAGUUAGUUUUUGUCAAUAUUUCUGAAAUAAAAUUUUUUUCAAUUUUUGUAUUUUUAAAAGCGCGGGUUGUUUGGCAUUGCGUUUUGUUUGGUUUUUUAAUUGUUUUCCCACUUUGUAUACUUGUCAAAAUUGAUAAUAUUAUUUUAAAACAGGUAAAAAGAACAUUUAAAUGAAUUUUUAUUUAAAAAAUGGCAAAUGUAUUGGAUAAAGGGUAAAAAUUUGAAAAAUCUCGAAAUUUGAUGUAUUUUAAAAUCACAAAAAAUUUAAAUUUUAUUUUUUACAAAUUGAAAAGUCAAAUUUAGUUUUUCCUGGCGAAUCUUGUGAAGGAGAAGACUUUUGUCUGAGUGCUUCAAGGUGCAUUCAUGGCCGAUGUCAAUGUCCACCAAGUCGACCAAUUCAAUCUGGUCGGUUCUGUGUCCCAGAAGCUGAAAGUACGUUUUAUUUCUUUUUUUUUUUUAUUUUAAAAAAUUAACUUUUAAAUUUAGACUUUUCCUUCUUUUUUUCCUUUUUCCUCUGUUCUAGGCCUGUAAAGGUGCCGGUCUUAAUUUUUUGGUCUAGAACAUAGGCCGGGACUUGCGGUACCAAAGCUGAGUCUUGGUUUGAGCUUUCUUUUGCCUGUUCAGAACUAUCUUGUAUUGUAUCACUACCGUAUUUCAAUAACCUACUAACCACCCUCAUUAACAUUAUAGUGCGUAACACCACGAUAAAAGUGAGAAAACCUCGUGAACAUGAGAAUGACAUUAACAAUAUUAACUAUUUGUCCAUGUUCCUAAGUCCGAAUGAUAAUCAGAAGCAGUCGGUUCAGUUGGGAGAGUUAUGCGAUCGGUCACAGUCUGAAUGUCUGGUCGAUAAUGCCAUUUGUGCUGACUCUGUAUGUCAAUGUUUGCCAGAGUAUGUGCAAGCUGGUCCAUUGUGUAUACGACGGAGUAAAAGUAGGUUUUUGAAGGUUUUAUAAUACUUUUGUACUGGUCGCCAUUCUUUAUGCAUCAAAAUAGUUUUUAAAGCGCGCUAUUCUUUGUACGUCAAGCUAAUUUUUAUGGACGCGCCAUUCUUUUCGCAUCAAUUUUAAAUUUUGAAACGUAUUAUUUUUUGUUUAUUAUACCUAAAUUACCGUAAAAACUGCUUUAUUAACCGGCUUGCUGUAGUAUCUAACCUGGUGGUGAAUCCGGAACAACGUUGUGGUCAAGGUGACUUUUGUGACGGUGGUGCUGUUUGUGUGCACGAGAUAUGUCAAUGUCCACAGGGAACGUUUGCAUUCGAACGUUUGUGUGUUUCUAAUGAACAGUUCUCUCCAAAACCGAAUCCAACCAUACUUGAGCAGGGGAAUGGACCUUAUCACCGGACUGUUGUGAAGAGUAAGUACUGUAGAAUCGAAAAAUAAAGCUUUUUUAAAAAUUGAAAUUUUGUAUUUAAUGAUUUAUCUUGGUACUGGUAAUGCUACUGUAAAAUAUCGUUGCGUAAAAUAAAAGUUUUUUAAAAAUUUUUUGUUGCGGAAAACCGGGGGUUCGAAUCUGCUUGGAUGCAAGUGCUAUUUUUGCUCAAAAAACCUGCAGUUUGGCUUGAAAAACAUGACAUUUUAUAAUAUAAAAACGUGGAAUAUGAAAUUUUAUGUGGUACAGUAGCAUUGAAAUUGUAUCGUACUGAAUAGCAUUGGAUUUUUGGCAUAGUAAACUUUUAUUUGUUUUGGUACUUAAUAGUACUGAAAAUUGAAAAAGUAUUCAGCUGGUAGAUUUGUACGGUUUUUAACCUAGGUUUGGGCUUUUGGUACCGUUUAGUACUAUACAAAAAAAACUUUGCAAUUUUAUAAAGGUCAGUACUAUUUAGUACUACUCAGCAUCACAAACAAUCAAAGUUUUAAUUUUUAAGUUUUUGUACUAUUCAGUAUCUAAAGCAAAAAAUUUUUUUUAUUUUUAAUUUUUAGUACUAUUGGGUACUACAUAUAUAGUACUAUUCAGUACUACAUAUAUAUUACAAUUUAGUACUAGAUAUAUAGUAUUAUUCAGUACUGCAUAUGUAUUACUACGUAGUACGACAUAUAUAGUACUAUUUAGUAUAAUUUUUUAAAUAUAAAACUCAAUUUUUUAGAAUCUCCAGGCCUAGACUGCCGCCUAAACCCCUCUAUUUGUACUGGCAAUUCGUACUGUUUUAAUGGCGUCUGUGUAUGUCCAGUCGGCUACGAGGUCUACAAUGGUGAAUGUCGGGUGCCUCGAAUAUACGGUAACAAUAUCAUGCCAAAUGUUGUAAAUCGGAUUUUAGCCGAACCGGGUCAGAGCUGCGAUCGGCCGGCGGGUCAAAUUGGCGUGGUCGAAUGUAGUGGUAACUCAGUAUGUGCUAAUGGAUUCUGUGUAUGUCCGAAUGGGGAGCCGAUUCAGAGGAGUGUUUGUGUCACUGUCAAUACUAUCGGUAUGAACUUUUGGAAUUUUUAAAAUUUGUCGAAUUUAAAAAAAAAAUUAAUUUUGAAAUUUUUUUUUAAUCUUUAAAAGAUUGAAAAAAUUUUAAUUUUUUGAAAAUUCGAAAAAAAUUAAAAAUUAAUAUUGUUACCCAAACCUUCCAGCCGGACCAGGUGAGCCAUGUGUGGACAAGAUUACUCGUUGUACUGGCUCUUCAACCUGUACUAAUGGUAUUUGUACUUGUCCACAAAGACAAAGCUAUUUGAAUGGGCAAUGUGCCACAAUCACUGUCAUAGCGCCACUACCAAGUCAACAAUGUAAUUCUAAUGCGCUAUGUCAAGGGAAUAGUGUAUGCCAACAAGGAGUAUGCCAGUGUCUACCGGGUACUGUGCUUAAUCAACAACAAAAUGUUUGUCAGCCGAUUGUGCUAGGGACUCCGAGUAAGUUACUGUAACAUUGUUUUGGUGAAAAAAAGCGUGGGUUGUUGUAGGGAAGGAUAUGCUAACAAAAGGUAUUUUAUGGUGAAGUACUGUAGUUUAGGGUUUAGAUAGUUUUUAUAUUCUAUGAUAAGGUAUGUUAGAGUGGUGUACUGUAGUGUAGGAAAAAUGGUAGGGUCGGGUAGGGUAGGGUACUCUAUGUUAGACUAUAGCAGGGUGAGGUAAAUUAUUUUAUGUUUGCUCACAAAUACGGUACUUACAGUAUACCUACAAUAAUUUUAGUGAGAGUAAACGUCCUCCCAGGCCAACAAUGUUCAUCUGGAGUUGGCUGUGGUGGUGGUGCGAUGUGUUUGUCAGGCUUAUGUGUAUGUGUAAAUGGUCAAGAGAUCUUCAACGGUCGAUGUGUAAAUGGAAAGUUUCAGCCCAAUGUUCCGGCUACUACAACACCGCCUCCGAUUGUUUUUAGAGGUAAUUUUUUUUAUUUAGCAUUGUGUUGAAGUUCUAUUUUACAUAAUCUUAGAUAUAUUGCCUAACAUAACGUUAGGUAUUAAAGGUUUUAUAUAUACACUUUUGCAGCCAAUCCCGGUCAAAGCUGCUCAGCCCCAGGCACGGUCUGCGUAGGCGGUUCACGAUGCAUCCAAGGCCUUUGUGUUUGCGACCCCGGCUACUACCCCUCAGGCAAUAUUUGUAUCCAAAUCCCACAAGCACCACCUCGACCAACACCACCAGCACCUUAUAAUGGACCAAGACGAGCGCCAGGCCAGCUAUGUGAUCCCGGCUGUGAAUACGUUGGGACGUGCGCUUGUGGGGGUGGAUCAGUGUGUAAUCAUGGCGUAUGUUCAUGUCCAAAUGGGUACUACGUGGAGAAUAACGAGUGCAAACCGAUUCAGAUCACCACUGUGGUGGUAGGUUUUCAAGGGAGGGGGUAGAGUAGGGUUUUUUAAUUUUUAAGAGGAGGGGGGGGGGAUUUUUUUACAUUUUUCUAAAUUUGCACGUGAGGGUAAAAAAAAAUUUUUUUUUUGAAUUUUUGGUUCCCCCAUGGACUAAAAAAAUUUAAAAUUCUAGCCAAUCCCCACCCAACCACGCCGAAAAACCGCUCUACCUUCGGAACGUUGUGACUACCUAACAACAUGUCUUCACGGCUCAUCAUGUGUCCUCGGGACAUGUCAAUGUCCCAAAGGCUAUGUAGCUAGUCAAGACCUUCAAAGCUGCGUUCAUGUGUUAUUAUCACCUCAAAGCAACAACCCUCAGAUACCGUUCUUUAAUCGUCUGACUCUACAUGAACAUCCGAUGAGCUACGAACAUUUGGGUGUGAAGUGUAAAGAAAGUUCUGACUGCAAACAGGGCGCGGCUUGUCUUCAUGGCGUUUGUGCUUGUCCGCCGAAGACCAUUGCUAAUGAUACUGAGCAUUGUGUGCCGGAGAAGAGGAGUCUAAGUUUGGAGGAUAAGAAGAGUCGUUUGGUUGAGGGUAAGAUAAAAAACGGCAUUUUGGAAAAACAAAUUUUUUAAUUUUAAAAAUUUUUGGAAAUUUUUAAACAUUUUUUGAGUUUUAUAAUUGAAGGGCCAUAGGCUACGCUUUUCAACAAUUAUAUAGUCUUCUAUGCAAGGACUUGUCAAAUAAAUUCUUUAGUGCAAUAUAGUAUCACAAAAAGUUUUUUUUUCGUGCAAUAUAGUACUAAAACCCUAACUUUUAGAAACCCACUCAAAUACAGUCAAAAAGUACGGUAAAUUCCCGGGAAUGCCAUGUAAUCCAACAAUAACAUCAGGCUGUGCGCUGGGCGCGAUUUGUAAAAGCAUCAACUCAAGUACAGCUUAUUGUGUAUGUGAUGCUAAUAUGGUGGCAAACUCGGCAGGAAAGUGUACUACGAAAUUGUUGGCUGAUACUAAGAAAAGUAAGGGAGUUUUGGUACUCUGGGGUUUGGUGCUAAUACGGGUUUUGGUGCUAGGGGUUUAGUACUAUUAUUUUUGGUAUUUGUACUACUUUUUGUACUUGUUUUUUGGUACUAGUACUGUUUUUUACUAGUACUAUUUUUGGUACUAAUAUUAUUUUUUGGUACUAGUACUAUUUUUUACUACUAGUACUAUUUUGUGCUCUUAGUACUAUUUUUGGCCCAAAGACAGUAUAAUAAGUCCCAUUUUCAGAGCUCCCCGGCACCAAAUGUACCAAACGCGACAAAUGUGCGAAUGGAGCCGAUUGCAUUCACCACUACUGUAUUUGUCCUGAUGGCUAUGUCAACAAAGGUGAUGCCAAAUGUGUAAUGCAAUAUGUGAAGCGAAAGUUGAGGAAAGAAGCAAAGUGUACCAGUAACAGCGACUGUACAGCACCACUGUUGUGUUUGGAUGGGAAAUGCACGUGCCCACCCGAAGCGGUGGAUAAGGGGCAUCAGUGCGAGUAUCAGACUAGUGCAGGUAGGAAGGGUGUUGCUCUUGAGUGGUACUAAGUUAUAGUACUGUAGGUUGGUACUGAGUUACGAUAGUACUUUUGGGUGAUACUGAAUUUUUUAGUACUAAAAAUAUUUUUCAGUAUGAUUACAAAUUUAGAGCACGAAGCGAGUUGCAGUGAGUACGUAGUAAAUAGUAGCUAUCAUAUGUCAUAUUAUACAUAUUAUGAUGACUAAACACAGAUACAAAACCCUCACAUUUCAGUAAAGCCAGGCGCCUGGUGCAACAAAGAGCUGGGUAUCUUGUGCCCAAAGUAUUCGUACUGCUACCACAACGUAUGUCUAUGUCAAUACGGUGUUACCGAGGAUGGAAACGAAUGUACAUCAACGCCUAGUUCCAAGGAGAAGGAUCUGAUAUAG